AUGAGCUCGCCAUUUUCUGCUGCUUUUUGGCGAAAUAGCCUUAGUAGUUAUCAAAAUCUAGAUGACGCUCCGCCUAAAAGAGUGUGGCGUCUUGGAAGUAUCGACGAAGAAACAGACGAGCACGUCUUGUUAGAGAGGGACAGCGAGAGCUUCCGCAAUUUCGCGUCUCCCAAAGAAAUCGUCAGCCAUAGCUGGAGAAAUCGCCUGGCGGAAAGGCUCCCUUUGUGGAAUCUUCGACAACCCUCAUCCUCUCGUCGUCUUCCUUGUUGCAAGUCUGGUCUGGGUCUUAUCCUCACCACAGCAUCUGGCGUCCUGUUCGCGAUAGCAUCGCUUUUUGUGAAGCUUUCCAACACGUCGAUCCCAGCGUUUGAAAUCGUCUUCUUCCGCCUUGUGAUCCAAACCGUUCUUGUUGUUCCUGGUGCCAUCUGGGCGCGGGCAGACUUGUUGGGCGAGAGGGAACACAGACCAUUCCUCGUAUGCUUCGGCGCAGUGAAUUUUGCUUCUGUCUCUUGCAUUUACGGAUCGUUCACCAAGCUACCGUUAGGAGACGCAACCGUUUGUAUAUCGACAACCCCAAUUUUUACCGCUCUGGUUGCCUACGUUUUCCUAAAAGAAUCUUGGCAUAUUUUUGACGCAAUAGCGACCUUUGUAUGUCUGGGUGGAGUGGUCCUUCUAACGAAACCAACAUUUCUCUUCGGCUCUUCAGGUAAUUUGAAUAGAUAUGCAUCAUUAAUUUUCAGUGUUCUUUUUGUUUUCCCUACCUCGAACAGAAAAAAAAAAAGAGAAAAAAAUACCUUAUAUUGAUAUUUAUUUCAAGAAUCAAGUAUUUCAAUUUUAGUGAAAUGUUUAGAUCUAGUCGCUUUAUCACGACGUUUAACAAAGUAUGUGUCGUCUAUGAUUACGGUUAGAUUUUUGUCGUCACAAAAUUGUCAAAUUGAUUCCAUAUGCCGUGGGUCUGUUCAGUAAUAGGUCACAGAUGACGUCAAAACGUGGUAAGAGAAAAAAAUAUGGCACACGAGGCGGAACCGAGUGUGUCGCUCAUGUUCCUACCACUUUUUUUAACAUGUAUGAUCUAUCUACAGACCCACGGCAACAAGGAAUAUUUUUGUUUUAUGCGAGAAAAAAAAGCACAAUUCUGUUAAUGGUGAUAUCAUUUAUGUGUCUGUCCUUUGAAAUAUCAUUAGUAAGAACCAUCAAAAUCUAUUAAGGUCGUGCAGAAUGGAUUUUAUCAAAACCUUUUAAGAUUUUUUAACUCUUUGGGAUUGACACAGCCAAAACUUACAUCGGAGUAUUCAUUAACUCGAAGUCAAACGCGAUUAUUUUUUAGAAAAUACAAUUACAAAACCUUCACUCUAAUUUAUUUUUUUAAUGUAGCAAAUCUAUCAAGCCACGUGACCGAGUCGUCCCGUCUGAUUGGUUAUGCUGUGGCACUUUCCGGAGCUGUCGUCCAAUCAUUGACGUUUGUUAUGGUCCGUAAAGUUGGUGGUUCUGUGAGCUUCUACACCAAUGUCUUCUACUUUGGCUGGUGCAGUGCACUCCUAUCUGGUUUGACCAUGUUUGUUUUUCAAAAACCUGUUAUUCCGGAUUGCGGGACGACAAGGUGGUUCCUUAUUGGAGUAGGUAGGGAUGCUUUCUCGUUUUAGAUCAGUAAGGAAGAAAUAAUAAUUCUUUAGAACAGGUUAGAUAGGUUAGGCCUUGUGGGCUUUAUGGCUCGUUAUCUAUGGAGGCUAUUAAGGUUUCUAAACCAUAAAUAGUCUGUUCCAGGUGUUCAGUUAACAAAGCGCGAUCGUAAACGACGCAAUAGUACCUUUUUCACCCGCCUCUAAUACCGCGCCGUUUUCUGUCUCGUACUCAGACCUUCCACGGCCAGGCGGUUGUUGCGCUCCGUUUUACUGUGUGAUUAGGCGGCUGAAACAGACUGUAGCAUAAACAGCCAGGAAUAUUACCAAACUCUAGAUGAGAUGGUAGUUCAUUGUGUUAUUUUGUGAGACAAGUGAUUGCAUGAAAUUCUAUUUUUGUUCUGGAGUUGUCUUUGCAUAAUCUUUUAAAAUUUGCACUUGAACACAGAUCUUAUUUUUUUCUGCAGCUCUCUGUGGAGUAUUCGGAAGUUUCUGCUUGAACCGGGGUCUUCAGUUGGAGAAAGCAGCCCCGGCAGCGCUGAUGAGGAAUGUAGACAUCCUGUUGGCCUUUUUAUUUGACUACGCUAUCUUUGGACAUAAGCCAAGCCUCCUUACUUUGCUUGGGGGUCUGCUUGUGGUGUUGUCAACCGGCGGAGUGGCCCUGGGCAAGUGGUGGAGGUCACGUGAUAAUUUAUGAUUAUGUACUUCUGAGUGAUCAAGGCUUUUUUAUCUCGGUUUUUAAAGCUUUUUUUCUGAAACUUUUUAAGUAUUUCUCCCAAAUUAACUUAUUAUGGCUCCCCUCUUGUUGACGGUAACCACAGAUAGGGGCCUGAAAAGAAUCGAAAAAUCUCGACGGUAGAAAGGAAAGAUUUUAAAGCUUUUCAAUCCUCUAUCUUUUUUUAAUUUUGAAAUAACAUGACAAACACACAAUCUGUUUGAAAGUUUUGAAAGAUUUUGUUUACAGUGUGAGGACACGCGAGAAAAAAAUAUAUUCAAAUUAGCAAACGAAAACAGCAACGCAUAUUUUGUAACACUUUUUUAUUAAUUUUUGAAAUUGUUUUUUAUCUUUUUACCGUUCACCUUUUAACUUCUUUGCUCAUGAGUAAAAUCC